AUGUAUCAAUAUCCAACAGGUACAAAAUUACGACGUGCUGUUAAAGACAUCAAGAUAUACUCAAAUGGCGAUCAAUGUUUUGAAUUCAUUCAAACCAUCGUUGACAAAAAAGUAUGUAUGAUUAUAUCUGGAUCACUUGGGCAGCAUAUUGUGUCUCGUGUACACAAUAUGUCUCAAAUUGAUUCAAUAUUUAUCUUUUGUGGUAACAGAAAAUAUCAUGAACAAUGGACCACAGAUUGGCCCAAAAUAAAGGGUGUGUUCACAUAUAUUACAUCCAUCUGUGAAGCACUCAAGGAGGUUGCUCUUCAAUGUGAGCAAAAUGCUAUUCCCAUAAGUUUCAUGGAAACAAAUAAAAAGUUGGAUCAAUUAGAUCCUUCUUUUAUGUACACACAAAUCAUCAAAGAAAUACUACUGACCAUUAAAUUCAACCAAAAUCACAUACAAGAUUAUCUUAAUUAUUGUCGUGAUGUCUUUGAAGGUAAUAAAGAAGAAAUCAAGAAUAUUAAACGAUUAGAAGGUGAAUAUCACAAACGAACACCCAUUUAUUGGUACACAUGUCAAAUGUUCUUAUAUCCCAUGCUCAAUCGGGCAUUACGAUUGAUGGAUGGUGAUAUCAUUACACGUAUAGGUUUCUUAAUUGGUGAUUUGCAUCGACAGAUUGAACAACUACACCAGAAACAAUAUGCUGGUGCAAGUGCUGCUAACACCUUCACCGUUUAUCGUGGUCAAGGUGGUCUUAUUUCAUACAAUAACUUCUUAUCUACUAGUACGGCUCGCAAAGUUUCACUGGGUUCUGCUCGAGAUAUUGGAAGAAAUCCAGAUCAAGUCGGUAUCCUGUUUAUCAUGAAAAUUAAUCCUGGCUAA